AUGAGUUUCCUCGUUGCAUAUCGAGGAUAUCAUCAGAUUGCUAUAUACGGGCCCGAUCAAGAGAAGACUUCCUUUAUCACACCAAAAGGGCUGUACUAUUACAGUGUCAUGCCUUUUGGUUUGAGGAAUGCUGGUGCAACAUACCAAAGGUUGGCAACGAUUAUGCUAAAGAAGUUGCUCGGCAAAACUAUGGAGGUGUACAUAGAUGAUAUGGUGGUCAAGAGCAAAGAGAGGCAGGACCACAUAGCAGACUUAAAAGAAGCCUUUGAGAUUCUGAGAGAGUACAAGCUGAAGCUCAAUGCCUCGAAGUUUGCGGUUGGAAUAAGCUCAGGGAAGUUCCUGGGUCACCUUGUGACCAUAAGAGGGAUAGAGGCAAAUCCUGACCAAAUAAUAGCUUUGCAGAGGCUCCAAAGUCCAAGGACCACGAAGGAGGUCCAAAGACUGACUGGAAUGGCAACAACCCUUAACAGAUUCAUCAGCUGGUCUAGCAAUAAGUUCUCUGAACAUGUUGUUAGUGUAGUAUUACUGAGGGAUAAGGGAUCCAAGCAAAUCCCUGUCCACUACGUGAGCAAGACGUUGUUGGAUGCAGAAACGAGAUAUCUGCCUUUAGAAAAAUUGGCAGAUUUCUCGGGACGUAUAUCAACCUGGUCAGUAGAAUUGAGUCAGUACGAUAUUGACUAUCAGUCGCGCAUUGCAAUAAAGGGACAAGUAUUGGCAGACUUUGUAGCAGAGUUUUCUCCUAUCAGGGAUUGGGAUUGCGCUUUUCCCACCCAAAGGAGUAAAGAUGGAAUUAUCCCUUCGACGGGCUUUAGUGCUUCAAACAAUGUGGCAGAGUACGAGGCACUCUUGGUAGGGCUGCAAAGUGCGAAAACCCUGAAGGUAAAAAGAAUACGAGUGUACUAUGAUUCACAACUCGUGGUGAACCAAUUGUUCGGUGAAUACAAAACCCGAAAUGAAAAGAUGGCAGCCUGCGUGGAGGCCGCCAAGGAUCUGCUCGACACUUUUGAGAAGGUGUACAUUGAGCAAAUAAGUUCUGGGCAGAAUGGCCAUGCGGAUUCACUUGCUUGGUUGGCCGCAACCAUGCCAACUGAAUUCAAGAGAAGGGUGGCAAUAGAUUAUCUUUCUAAGCUGAGCAUUGGAAGGAGCGUGGAAUUGGUCCACAGGGCAAUGACCCAAGGUUACUGGUGGCCGCACAUGCAGGAGGAUGCAAAGGUGUCCCAAUUUCAGAAGAAGUUCAAAGGAUUAUGUGCCCAAUACGGAAUAAGGAACUACUACUCAACUCCAGCCUACCCUUAG